AUGCCAAGCUCUCUGCACAAGACGCGCAAGCACAUUGCCAAGAAGCGUAACGGCGAGGUCAAUGCCUUGCACGAAAAGUCUCGCGACUCGCAGCGACUGCACAAGGCAGGCGUGCGAGACCAGCGCCUCGAGAAGCUCGCUGCGGCUAGGAGCAAGCAGGAGCGGCCAAUCGUUGAUCGUGUUGUCUUUGUGCAAGAAAACUUGACCGAGACGGGCAACUCGCCGCUUGACCUCGCCGCCGUCCAGUCGCUCAUCCAUGCCUUCAUCCACCAGCACGAUGAAGAAUACGCUACCCUAAAAAAGGCGCGGCGUUCUGGCCGCCCUCCAAGCACAAGAGAGGAUCUGCUCAAAAUGAAGAUAGCGGCCCUCGACAUCGAGUACCAAAAGGGCUUCGCCCUCCCAGACGUCAUGACGGAAGAAAAUGUCAAAUUGCUCGAGGAUUGGGAAGGCUCGUGGUCCAAACUCACCACCUUGACCUGGAUCAAGGUAUCACGCACCGGGCAGGUUCGCAAAUCCGACUUUCCGUCAAAGGGGAUCAACUAG